AAGACAGCUCCUCAGACGGAAAUGUUACCCUUGAGACUUGGGUAUGAACGUUUGGACCUUGGCCGGAACGGAUGAUAAGUGGAUCUAAUCAACGCCUUGCAUCGCGGACGCUUCAUGCCUUCACAAUAAAUUAGCGUCUUUGUUUUCCUUGCGAAGUCGAUCAGAAGAGAGUGGUCAGUCAAAAUGAGUUCUCCUAGUCUACUCAUUACUGGUACCAUUAAUUCAACAGUGGCCUUGCCUGUGAAUAGGAGCAGUGUCAACAGUACAAAAGUUGACCUGCGGGAUGAAAAUUUGGCCGUGAUUGAAAUUGGCGUGCAAGUUUCUAUCAUUAUCCUAGCAGUCAUCGGCAACUCAGUUGUCAUGUUGACGCUGAAGUUAAGAAAGAAAAAGCUGUCAAGAAUGCAUCUCAUGAUUGUUCAUCUCAGCUUGGCGGACUUAUUUGUGGCUUUCUUUAAUGUACUACCUCAACUCGCCUGGGAUAUUACAUACAGAUUCGUGGGAGGAGACCUGCUUUGUAGGCUUGUGAAGUAUUUCCAAAUUGUUGCCAUGUACGCAUCGUCAUACGUGUUACUAACGACAGCCGUUGAUCGUUACUACGCCAUCUGCCGGCCACUUACCAGCGCCACAUGGACUUCCGGAAAGAUUCAAAAACUUGUCAUGGUGGCGUGGUUUGUCUCCCUUCUUUUUAGCAUACCCCAGGUUGCAAUAUUUUCCUACAUGGAAACUAUACCAGGAACAGGAAUCUAUGAUUGCUGGGGUGUUUUCGAACCAGAAUGGAAAUUACAACUCUACAUUACCUGGAUUACAGUUUCCGUCUAUAUCAUUCCUACUUUUAUUCUAGCGCUUGCGUAUGGGUGCAUAUGUCAUUCGGUUUGGAAAAGUGGGAAAAUGGCGGAGACACUUACACCCAGGUUUACUCUUCAGAAUUCCAGGGUUUCAAGCAAAUCCAAGAACGUGGACGGUGUACCAAAAGACAUGCUUGAAAAGAACAUCCAGUCAGUACAAACGAAGCCACCUGUGCAUGGGAUAUCAAGAGCAAAAAUGAAAACUAUCAAACUGACAAUGACGGUUAUCAUCUGUUACCUGAUCUGCUGGUCACCGUUUUUCAUAGCGCAGAUGUGGGCGGCGUUUGAUCCUAAUGCUCCGUUUAAUGGUCCAAUCUAUUCAAUUAUCCUGCUGCUCGCCAGCCUCAACAGUUGCACCAAUCCCUGGAUCUACGUGGCCUUCAGCGACACCGUCUGCAGCGAACUUAAGAAGCUCUUUGUUCGAAAAAACAGAAACCUGAACCGGAGAGACGACCAUGUUCAAUGUGUUUGUGUUGGUUGUUUCAGACCUUCAGACUCAAGCGGCAGCUACCAUCUCAGCGAAAGAUGUGACACCAACAACAGGGUGCAUAAUACCUGUACAUAAUCCUGUAAGGACACAAUGACGUGGACCUAUGCGAAACAACCAUACUGGUCAUUGUCGAAAAAGUAAUAUAUUACUAAGGCUUACUUGAUACACGUACAUGUUAAAUACAUCGGUAUGAUGUUGCGCAAAAGAAGGAAAUUUUGUACUAUUUCCAUAUUUCACUUCCAUUCAUAGGCAAAAACUAUGAAUGUUCAUAAUAGACUUGUACCGUGAUUAUUAUUACAGUUUCAUAAGUAUAAUAUGUGAAUUUACUACAAAUGGUGGUAGGUUAUUAAUUGUACGUAUUCGUGUUUUAAAUACGAUAACGGAAUUAGCAACGUGAUUAUAUCAGCAGUCGCUUGAGUUUCAGAGAACCUCUUGAUAUCAUUAACGCAUAUCUCCUCAAACGCAUUUCAAAUCAAACAUAAAUAUGAAUUAUAUGUAAAAUAAUCACACAUAAUCUGCAAGUAAUUCAUGCCAAUCUCAUACGCACCUAUCAGGCGCUUUAUAUGUUGAUGGCAAUAUACACACUGUCGAGUAAUUUUGUAAAGGAUAUUGACACAUAUACAUGUCAUUUGGUUUAAGUUGACUCAAGCUUGAUUUUGAAUUGAAAUAAUUUUGAAUAGAGGACUGCGUGUAUGAUAUUUUGCCAACAAUUUUCCUUGUCUCUAAAGAACGCUUACGUCACACACCAUUUUCCCUCUUUACAUAUUUACAUAAUCAAGAAUAUCCCACGUAUAUGUGCUCAGUAUGUGUAUAUAUGGCAGCCAUAUUAUCGUCUUUUCAUUCAUGUGAAAAUUGGGAGAACGGAAGUAGUUGAACCUUCCAACAAUCGUAAGCAAUGGAUUUCAUUUCUGUUUGGCUCGUUUAUUAUCGUAGUUGUGUGACUAAACAACUGCAAACAAUUACCCUUCACCAUUCACAAAUAAAUGCCAUUUAAAUGGUUUGAAAGAAGAUUGACAAUAAUUGAAAAAUAAGUCAUUUUCUAUUUUAAGGUGUUUUUUUGUAAUAGCCCUGAUACUGUGUUGAUGUUUCGAGCUGUAACCAGAAGAGCAGGCACAGAGAGGAUUUGCACACAUGACCUAUACUAACCUUCAAACGCGACUGCAGUUUGGUUUAAUCAUUAUGGAGUGAAUUCAUGAGAGGAACGAACUUCCACGACACGAUGGUAAUGUGAAGAUCGUUGAGAUGUGCAAGCGAUCUAGUUAAGACGGCCGGAAAACACUCAGUCUGUCAUUGGUUUCAAUCAAGCCUGUUCCUGUUUGAGAACAAAGCAAACUGAUUUGGGGUGCUGUAAUUACAUGGGAUCAAUUGUUUCGUAAUUUGAUGAAAUAACAUGUAUGUAGCAGGAAUGUGUAUUGAAUGUUGAGAGCCUUGUGGAAUUAUCAGAAUUAUCAACAGAUUAAUAUUAACUAGUUGAAGUUCAUUCGGCGGAACUGUAUGUAGUUAUCUUUGAUAAUCGUGUGCAAAAUAAUCGACAAAAAGCAAAUGUCAGGACAGGUCGAAUGUAAUGAAAUUGUUCAUAAACCUUCUUUGAACAUCCCAACACAAGAAACAUUUACACAGUGGAGUAUAACACUAAAAUCCUUGUUGAUGCACAUGGCUUUCGGUUUAAUAGUCUUUUAAGGACAUAAGGAGACAGUGUCGAUAACAGAAUUACAAGCAUUAGUAUCCUACUAUUUUGUAUUGGAUAUGUAAUUGGAUAGGUUUCAAGCAUACUGUUCUCCAUUUUUGGUAUCUAUUCGUCAAGUCACUGCUUCGACUUGUCGAUAACUGCAGUUAUGUAAACUGUGAUUAAAAUAGGUUGCUCGUCGUUGUAAUUAAGUAAUCCUAUAAUAUCAUACAAUGCUGUAUGUUCGUUACUCCCACGAGCAUCCUUUUGGUUUAUUCCCUGCAGGUUGAUUACCAAGAAAUACAACCUUAGUAUACUUUAAAAUGGAUUACCCGAGCACAGAUGCAGUGCCCAGGCAAUUAAUGUAAAACAGCUCCAUAUUUUCACAGGCCAAAACGUCCAUAAACCUUUCCACAUGAAAGGUACUUUAUGUGAGCAAACGCAUUAUUUUAUUGUACUUCAUACAACUGUCGCAUUACGUUUGAUCUAUUUGGUACGUUACAUAUGAAACGCUUAAUAUUUUACCUUACUGUUUUGCUGUCCUUUGUUUGAUUGCAGAUUCUUUAUUAUUACUGUAUGGCUGAGAUAUUGGUUGAGUCGUUACAUUUGAACUCAUAAAUGCCUUUGGUAAGAUGAUACUCUUGAAUAAACGUAUCGCACCUAAAGGUAUAAGGUAAACAUAUAUUGUGCAUUUGAUAUUUACACUUGAUAUUUACACAUCACGACAAUUGUAGUUCAUACUUUCACACGGUAAACAUCACAAAUACACUUUACCCUUCACACGCUAUAUAUCACAAAUAAAACAUGAUACUUUCACACAGUACACAUCUCAAGGACACUUGGUACUUUCACACUGUACACAUCUCAAGGACACGUGAUACUUUCACACAGUACACAUCUCAAGGACACUUGGUACUUUCACACAGUACACAUCUCAAGGACACUUGGUACUUUCACACAGUACACAUCUCAAGACACUUGAUACUUUCACACAGUACAAAUCUCAAGGACACUUGAUACUUUCACACAGUACACAUCACCAGUACACGUGAUACUUUCACACAGUACACAUCUCAAGGACACUUGAUACUUUCACACAGUACGCAUCACCAGUACAUGUGAUACUUUCACACAGUACACAUCUCAAGGACACUUGAUACUUUCACACAGUACACAUCUCAAGGACACUUGGUACUUUCACACAGUACACAUCUCAAGGACACUUGGUACUUUCACACAGUACACAUCUCAAGGACACUUGGUACUUUCACACAGUACACAUCUCAAGGACACUUGGUACUUUCACGCAGUACACAUCACCAGUACACGUGAUACUUUCACACAGUACACAUCACAAGGACACUUGAAACUUUCACACUGUACACAUAUCAAGGACACUUGGUACUUUCACACAGUACGCAUCACCAGUACAUGUGAUACUUUCACACAGUACACAUCUCAAGGACACUUGAUACUUUCACACAGUACGCAUCAGAAGUUCACAUGCUACUCUUACACAGUAAACAUGGCAAGUAUACUUUCUAAUAGUACAAAUCAAAAGAACACUUGAUACAUUCACAUCGUAAACACUACCAGUACACAUGAUAUGUUCACACGAUAAACGCCACAAGUACACAUGAUACCUACACACAAUACGAAUCAUAAGUACGCAUGAUACUUACACACGGUAAAUAUCAAAAGUACACAUGAUACCUUCACACGGUAAACAUCAAAAGUACACAUGAUACUUUCACACGGUAAACAUCGCAGGUACACAGGAUACUUACGGACAGUAAACAUCACAAGUACACAAGAUACUUUCACACGGUAAACAUCACAAGUACAAUUGAUACUUUCACACGGUAAACAUAACAAGUACACACGAUAUUUUCACCCGGUAAACGUCACAAGAACACUGAUACUUUCACUAGGUAAACAUCACAAGUACAAUUGACACUUUCACUUGGUGAACUUCAAAAGUACACGCGAUACAUUCACACGGUAAACAUCACAAGUACACAUGAUACAUUCACACGGUAAACAUCACAAGUACAAUUGAUACUUUCACAUGGUAAACAUCACAAGUACACAUGAUACUUUCACAUGGUAACAUCACAAGUACACAUGAUACUUUCACAUGGUAAACAACACAAGUACACAUGAUACUUUCACACAGUAAACAUCACAAGUACACAUGAAACAUUCACACAGUAAACAUCACCAGUACACAUGAUACAUUCACACGGUAAACAUCUCAAGUACAAUUGAUACUUUCACUUGGUAAAAAUCACAAGUACACACGGUAAACAUCACAAGUACACUUGAUACUUUCACACAGUAAACAUAACAAGUACACUUGAUACUUUCACACAGUAAACAUCACAAGUACACAUGAUACUUUCACCCGGUAAACAUCACAAGUACACGUGCUACUUUCACACAGUACACAUUUCAAGGACACUUGAUACUUUCACACAGUACACAUCUCAAGGACACUUGAUACUUUCACGCGGUAAACAUCACAAGUACAAUUGAUACGUUCACAUGGUAAACAUCACAAGUACAAUGAUACUUUCACAUGGUAAACAACACAAGUACACAUGAUACAUUCCCACGGUAAACAUCAAAAGGACACUUGGUACUUUCACACGGUACGCAUCUCAAGGACACUUGGUACUUUCACACAGUACACAUCUCAAAGACACUUGGUACUUUCACACAGUACACAUCUCAAGGACACUUGGUACUUUCACACAGUACACAUCUCAAGGACACUUGGUACUUUCACACAGUACACAUCUCAAGGACACUUGGUACUUUCACACAGUACACAUCUCAAGGACACUUGGUACUUUCACGCAGUACACGUCACCAGUACACUUGAUACUUUCACACAGUACACAUCACAAGGACACUUGACACUUUCACACUGUACACAUCUCAAGGACACUUGGUACUUUCACACAGUACGCAUCACCAGUACAUGUGAUACUUUCACACAGUACACAUCUCAAGGACACUUGAUACUUUCACACAGUACGCAUCAGAAGUUCACAUGCUACUCUUACACAGUAAACAUGGCAAGUAUACUUUCUAAUAGUACAAAUCAAAAGAACACUUGAUACAUUCACAUCGUAAACACUACCAGUACACAUGAUAUGUUCACACGAUAAACGCCACAAGUACACAUGAUACCUACACACAAUACGAAUCAUAAGUACGCAUGAUACUUUCACACGGUAAAUAUCAAAAGUACACAUGAUACUUUCACACGGUAAACAUCGCAGGUACACAUGAUACUUACGCACAGUAAACAUCACAAGUACACAUGAUACAUUCACGCGGUAAACAUCACAAGUACAAUUGAUACUUUCACAUGGUAAACAUCACAAGUACACAUGAUACUUUCACCCGGUAAACAUCACAAGUACACAUGAUACUUUCACAUGGUAAACAACACAAGUACACAUGAUACUUUCACACGGUAAACAUCACAAGUACACAUGAAACAUUCACACAGUAAACAUCACCAGUACACAUGAUACAUUCACACGGUAAACAUCUCAAGUACAAUUGAUACUUUCACUUGGUAAAAAUCACAAGUACACACGGUAAACAUCACAAGUACACUUGAUACUUUCACACAGUAAACAUAACAAGUACACUUGAUACUUUCACACAGUAAACAUCACAAGUACACAUGAUACUUUCACACAGUAAACAUCACCAGUACACAUGAUACUUUCACACGGUAAACAUCUCAAGUACAAUUGAUACCUUCACAUGGUUAACAUCACAAGUACAAUGAUACUUUCACAUGGUAAACAACACAAGUACACAUGAUACUUUCACACGGUAAACAUCUCAAGUACAAUUGAUACUUUCACUUGGUAAACAUCACAAGUACACACGAUAAAUUCACACGGUAAACAUCACAAGUACACUUGAUACUUUUACACAGUAAACAUCACCAGUACACAUGAUACAUUCACACGGUAAACAUCACAAGUACACAUGAUAAAUUCCCACGGUAAACAUCACAAGUACACUUGAUACUUUCACUUGGUAAACAUCACAAGUACACUUGAUACUUUCACACAUUAAACAUCUGAAGUACACAUGAUACUUUCACACGGUAAGCAUCACAAGUACACAUGAUACAUUCACACGGUAAACAUCACAAGUACAUUUGAUACUUUCACGAGGUAAGCAUCACAACUACACUGAUACUUUCACACAGUAAACAUCACAAGUACACAUGAUACAUUCACACGGUAAACACAACCGGUACAGUUGAAACUUUCACAUGGUAAACAUAACAAGUACACUGAUACUUUCACACGGUAAACAGCUCAAGUACACAAGGUACUUUACACGGUAAGAAUCACAAGUACACAUGAUACUUUCACACGGUAAGCAUCACAAGUUCAGAUGAAAAAUUCACACGGUAAACAUCACAAGUACACUUGAUACUAUCACGCGGUAAACAUCACAAGUACACUUGAUACUAUCACGCGGUAAACAUCACAAGUACACUUGAUACUAUCACGCGGUAAACAUCACAAGUACACAUGUUAAUUUCACACGGUAAACAUCACAAGUACACAUGAUACUAUCACGCGGUAAACAUCUCAAGUACACACGAUAAAUUCACACGGUAAACAUCACAAGUACAUUUGAAACUUUCACAUGGUAAACAUCACAAGUACACAUGAAACAUUCACACGGUAAACAUCACAAGUACAUUUGAAACUUUCACGCGAUAAACAUCACAAGUACACAUGAAACAUUCACACGGUAAACAUCACAAGUACAUUUGAUACUUUCACACGGUAAACAUCACAAGUACACUUGAUACUUUCCCAUGAUAAACAUCACAAGUACACGUGAUACUUUCACGCGGUAAACCUCACAAGUACAUUUGAUACUUUCACACGGUAAACAUCACAAGUACACUUGAUACCUUCACACGGUAAACAUUAUAGGUACAUUCGAUACUUUCACUUGGUAAACAUCACAAGUACACACGAUACUUUCACACGGUAAACAUCACAAGUACAUUUGAUACUUUCAGACAGUAAACAUCACAAGUAAAAUUUAUACUUUCACAUGGUAAACAUCACAAGUACACACGAUACUUUCACACGGUAAACAUCGCAGGUACACUUGAUACUUUCACACCGUAAACAUCUCAAGUACAAUUGAUACUUUCACACGGUAAACAACACAAGUACAUUUGAUACAUUCACACGGUAAACAUCACAAGUACACAUGAUACUUUCACAAGGUAAACAUCACGAGUACAUUUGAUACUUUCACAUAGUACACUUUACGACAAAACAAAUCGGAAUAACUGAAACAACUUCUCAUAAAAUAUGUUUUAUGACAUUGCUCUUGUUUUGUUUGAUUCUAAAUACAUGUAUUUCCACGUCCCCGAACAAGCCGGUAUUUGAACAUUAACAAUGGAUAGGCCAUUAAGAUCAGUUUUACCUUCUAAAGCAAAUCUUACAGCGUUAUCAUACGGACAUUCCAUUUCAAAGUGACAUUGGAAUGUUUCUCCAUCACAACAAGGGUAUUUUAAAGAAGAAACAAAUCGAUUUAUUGCACCUGUAAAUGUACCUGUUAAUCUCAUGUUAUAUAAUUGCCUUUGCAAUUUAUCAUCACAUCCCUUGCUUAAUAUUGUUUUUAAAGUUUGUAUUGUAAGGCAUUAUAAAUUAGUGAUCAGUUGUGCUUAUUAGACGGAAGCCAGAGCUCCAGUAUGUGAGCAUGUAGCACGUCUAAACUGAGAUAUAUCUAUUGAAUAUUAAUUACAGGACAGAAUAAAUC